CCGCUCCAGCCCGGCUUUCGUCCGGGGUGCGGCUGGUCGCUGCGGGGACGCCCGGAGCCCCGGGGGCGCGCGCCGCGGGCGGCGGCCGGAGCCCCACCUGGACGCCGCGCCAGGUGACCUACAUGCAAAUCCCUGGUUCUCCUUCAAGUCACAGGUGGGGCUUUGCCUCUUCUUGGAAACUUCCCUGUCUCCUCUCUGCCAUGUGGAUUUAGGAAUCCUAAAACCGAAAUACUAUAAAGAAAACAGAAACAUGGCUCACCAUAUUACAUUUCUUUGGAUAGUUUUGGUCCUGCUUCUUCAGAAUUCUGUACUAGCUGAAGAUGGGGAAAUAAGAUCAAGUUGUCGUACUGCUCCGACAGAUUUAGUUUUCAUCUUGGAUGGCUCUUACAGCGUCGGCCCAGAAAACUUUGAAAUAGUGAAAAAGUGGCUUGUCAAUAUUACAAAGAACUUUGACAUAGGACCAAAGUUUAUUCAGGUUGGCGUGGUCCAGUACAGUGACUAUCCCGUACUGGAGAUUCCCCUGGGAAGCCACGAUUCGGGAGAGAAUUUGAUGGCGGCAGUGGAAUCCAUCCACUACCUAGGAGGAAAUACAAGGACCGGGAAGGCCAUCCAGUUUGCACUCGAUUACCUUUUUGCCAAGUCCUCCCGAUUUCUGACCAAGAUAGCAGUAGUGCUCACGGAUGGUAAGUCCCAAGAUGAAGUCAAGGAUGCCGCAGAAGCAGCAAGGGAAAGUCAGAUAACGUUAUUUGCCAUUGGCGUUGGUUCAGAAACAGAAGAUGCGGAACUGAGAGCUAUUGCCAAUAAGCCUUCAUCUACUUAUGUGUUUUAUGUGGAAGACUAUUUUGCAAUAUCCAAAAUAAGGGAGGUGAUGAAGCAGAAACUCUGUGAAGAAUCUGUCUGCCCAACACGAAUUCCAGUGGCAGCUCGCGAUGAGAAAGGGUUUGAUAUUCUUUUAGGGUUGGGUGUAAAGAAAAAGGUUAAGAAAAGAAUCCAGCUUUCACCAAUGAAGAUAAAAGGAUAUGAAGUUACAUCAAAAGUUGAUUUAUCAGAAUUCACAAGCAAUGUUUUCCCAGAAGGUCUUCCUCCAUCAUAUGUAUUUGUCUCCACUCAGAGAUUUAAGGUCAAGAAAAUGUGGGAUUUAUGGAGAAUUUUAACCAUUGAUGGAAGGCCACAAAUAACAGUUACCUUAAAUGGUGUGGAUAAAGUGUUAUUAUUUACAACGACCAGCAUAAUUAAUGGCUCACAAGUGGUCACCUUUGCUGAUCCUCAAGUUAAGACAUUAUUUGAUGAAGGCUGGCAUCAAAUUCGUCUUCUAGUAACAGAACAAGAUAUAACUCUGUAUAUUGAUGAUCAACAAGUUGAAAACAAGCCCUUACAUCCAGUUUUAGGGAUCUUCAUCAAUGGCCAAACACAAAUUGGAAAAUACUCUGGGAAAGAAGAAACUGUUCAGUUUGAUGUCCAAAAGUUGCGAAUCUACUGUGACCCAGAACAGAACAACCGAGAGACAGCGUGUGAGAUCCCCGGAUUUUGCCUCAAUGGUCCCAGUGAUGUAGGUUCAACUCCAGCUCCCUGUAUUUGUCCUCCGGGAAAACCAGGACUACAAGGCCCCAAAGGUGAGCCUGGACGGCCUGGGAACCCUGGCUACCCUGGACAACCCGGUCAAGAUGGUAAGCCUGGAUAUCAGGGAAUUACAGGAUCACCAGGUGUUCCAGGAUCCACAGGAAUACAAGGAGCUCAAGGACCACCAGGUUACAAAGGAGAACCAGGGAGAGAUGGCGAAAAGGGUGACCGAGGACUUCCCGGUUUUCCUGGGCUUCAUGGAAUGCCAGGAUCAAAGGGUGAAAUAGGCCCCAAAGGAGAUAAAGGAUCACCUGGAUUUUAUGGCAAAAAGGGUGCAAAAGGUGAAAAGGGGAACGCCGGUUUUCCUGGCCUUCCUGGACAUGCUGGAGAACCAGGAAGACAUGGAAAGGAUGGAUUAAUGGGUAGUCCUGGAUAUAAGGGAGAAGCAGGACCUCCAGGCGCCCCAGGGCAGGACGGAUCAAGGGGAGAGCCUGGAAUCCCAGGAUUUCCUGGAAGUCAAGGAUUACUGGGACAAAAGGGAGAGAUUGGGCCUCCAGGACCACUAGGGAAAAAAGGAGCUCCAGGGAUACCUGGUUUGAUGGGAAGUGAUGGAUUACCUGGUCAGCCUGGAACACCAGGAUCUAAGGGAAAUAAAGGUGAACCUGGACUCCAAGGGACACCUGGGGCUCCUGGGCUCAAGGGAGAGCAAGGAAGAGUGGGUCCCCCAGGAGAACCAGGAUACCUGGGUUUACCUGGAAUUCAAGGAAAAAUGGGUGACAAAGGAAAUCAAGGUGAAAAAGGCAUUCAGGGUCAAAAGGGAGAAAAUGGAAGACAAGGGAUUCCAGGGCAACAGGGUAUUCAAGGCCAUCAUGGUGCAAAAGGAGAGAGAGGUGAAAAGGGAGAUCCUGGUGUCAGAGGUGCCAUCGGACUGAAAGGAGAAUCUGGGGUGGAUGGGCUGAUAGGGCCUGUGGGUCCUCAGGGGCCACCUGGGGAAACGGGGCCUCAGGGACUGCCAGGACUGGACGGGAAACCUGGAAGAGAAUUUUCAGAACAGUUUAUUCGACAAGUUUGCACUGAUGUAUUAAGAGACCAGUUACCAGUCUUACUUCAGAGUGGAAGAAUUCAAAACUGUGAUCAUUGCCAGUCCCAACACGGUUCCCCUGGAAUUCCUGGGCCACCUGGUCCCAUAGGCCCCGAAGGUCCCCGAGGAUUUCCUGGUUUGCCAGGAAGAGAUGGUGUUCCUGGAUUAAUGGGUGCUCCCGGACGCCCAGGUGUCAAAGGAUUAAAAGGCCUACCAGGAAGAAACGGGGCAAAGGGGAGCCAGGGGCCCGGGUACCGUGGAGAGCAAGGUCCUCCUGGUCCCCCAGGUCCAGAGGGCCCUCCGGGGAUAAGCAAAGAAGGUCCUCCAGGAGACCCAGGUCUCCCCGGCAAAGAUGGAGAUCACGGAAAGCCUGGAAUCCAAGGACAGCCGGGCUCCCCUGGCAUCUGUGAUCCAUCCCUGUGUUUUAGUGUAAUUGUCGGGAGAGAUCCAUUUAGAAAAGGACCGAACUAUUAGUGUCUGAUGCCUCAUUCAGCAGUGCUGGCGUGGUGCUUUUCUCCUGCGGUCUCACAGUCUUAUCAUCUCAGGAAGAUAACAGCAAUAAUCCUUUGAAAAGAAACUAAAGUACCUCGGUGUUUUUUAUUUUUCCUUACGGAAAAAUAUAUAAAAGGUCACAUAUACUGAUUUUAAAGGCUCCUCGGUCAUUCAGAGCCUUUAGAUUGGUAGCAUUAACUAAAUCUCAAGGGUUCCUUAUAUGUCCAUUCAUUUUAAUCAACGUUGAAUAUAAAACCACCAUUGCCUGUUAGUCAGUCAGUUUCAGUCACUGUGAAAUCUUUCACGUCCAGCCUCCAUGCAGCAGAGUAUUUGAGUUUAAUUUCUUGUCUGUGUGAAGUUCAUGUUUCAUAUCUCAUUGCACGUUCUUCUACAUUCCCCCAAACAUGUAUCUGGUCAUUGGAAAAAAGAUCAUGGCUGAUACUCGAGUGGCAGGGACCAGUCAUUUGCUCCAGUGUCCGUGACUAUUGGAUAAGGACAGUGGACGGCUGGUUGCUCACUCUUUCGAGUACCACCUCUGAAUGAAAUUAUUGUGUUUCUUGUUACAUUUGCAGAUCCUCACAUUUGAUUAAUAAUUAUUGCUAAGAAAGCAAAUAGAUUACACUGGGAACAGUCAAAAUUAUGUAAUGGUAGAAACAUUUUAGAAAAAAGUUUCAUUGUGUCUGGUCAAUAUGCUCCAAGGAAAUGCAAGCUCAGAAAUACUAAAAAGACUUUAUUUUUCAUAGUGCCUUGUUUGUUGCAUGACAUCAUUUUCCAUCUCACUUAUUAUAUGUGUAUGUUCAUGUAUGUUAACUUUCACUGUAACAAAGCUAAUGGGAAUAAAUGCUCUAGUGGAAAGGUAACUCCACAGAUGCUACUAAGUUUUGAUAUUUUUUAGCAGACUUUAAAAUAUUACAAAGUCUUUGUGUACUGUAUUUAACGCUUUUAUAAGGAAUAUGAUUUGAGGUAUUUCAUCCUUAUGCUCUAAAUUUUGUUACAUGCUUGUUAUUCAAAGUGCAAUAAAGUUUCGUACAGGCCUGA